AUGGCAUUCGCUGGGAAAUACUGCAAACUCGAAGGAGACGACCAUUUUCACGAGAGUGGAGAAGAUCUAGAAGAAAACAAACCCAGUUCAAGCAGGUCUUCAUCAAUCACCAACUUCUUCAACAGGACGAAUGCCCUUCCUUUCAGAGAUAACGCAGAUUUAGCGACACCCUACCUAACACAACACACAACGACAAAGGCCGGGGCGUCCACCAACUUCUGGACGUGGCUACGAUGGGGAAUUGUCGUUGGGCUUCAGACAACUUUGAUCAUACUAAUUUCCAUAAAGUCGAGUAAUAACACAAGAAAUCUUCAAGACUUAGCCGCAGGCGGCGAAUUUGUUGAAACAGGCAGUGACAUAAAUGGCAUUUACAAAACUCUAUCGCACACGUACACAUAUCUCAAGCCCGAAGAAGAUAAAUACGUGCCGAACAUGACAUCAAAUGAUAAUCGCAUGGAAAUUCGGAAAAAUUGGGAUAUGCUGAUGCCACUUGGGAGCGGAAGUGUCCUUAUUCCCGACUACCGGGAUCACCCUUUGCUUGGAGAUCCUAUUACAGAUGACCCGAAUCGUUCCGGACCGUUAUUUGAAGCGUCAUGGACGCACGCAUUACACUGUCUAUAUUACAGCGUGGAUAGUUACCACCAGUUGAUAGUGAAUGGACCCAGCGAAGACGAUAACCCGAGACAUGCCGCCCAUUGUUUCGAGUAUCUUCGAAAUAGUAUUCUAUGCAAUCUUGACAUGACCUUGGAAGGAUCCAUGUCAACGCCAGAUGAUAAAGAAAGAGGACAACCUCAUGUUUGCCGAAACCGAGAAGAGGCUAUCUCUUGGAUCGAAGCUAGGAGAAUGGAUGAUGCACAGGACAUCGUUGGCCCCUAG